AUGAAGUGCACAAUGAGCGGCCUUACCAGGAGAAGUGUCUUCUGGGCAAGGUUUAGGUGUACAGCUCAGCAUUGUAUAAUGGGGAUGUUGUCUGCGAAUGGAUUGCACAAAAAUGGAUGUCCUUUCCAUUUAUAUAAUCAGGAAAUCAUGCCCGAGGACUACAGUACACUCAGCCAUUUCUCCCCGCUGGUGACAAACGAACGACUCAGCAAGGCUCUAACUGAUUGGUUUAAAGAGGAAUAUACCUUCACUCAUUGGGCGUAUGUAGGCGACAUGAAUAAAGGUGAUUCAUUCGUUAGUGAAGUUAUUCGUAUCCAAAUUUACGGCGUCAAUACCAAAGGUCACACGAACUUCGUUCAAGUUAUUUUAAAGAGUAUUCCUAAAAACGUUUUCAGAAGGAGCAUUUGCCGAAGUCACGAUUUCUUUAGGAAUGAAAUAAACUUUUAUAAAAACAUUCUGCCCGAGUUGAUAGCAUUCCAAUCCAAGAAAAAACUAAAAAACCCUUUCGAUAGAUAUGUGAAACUGUUCUUUGCUUACGCCGACGGAAAUAAUGACGUUGUGUGUCUUGAAGAUGGCUCUGUAUACAACUUUGGAAAUGCUAUUCGUCAGGAAGGUAUAGAUUUAGAACAUUGUAAGAUGACAUUUAGAGCAUUUGCGGAAUUUCAUGCCUUAUCUUUUGCAAUGAAAGACCAGGAACCUAAAAACUUCAAAGAGUUACAAGAGACGAUAACCGAAGUUUAUUACGAUGAGCCUCAUAAGAAUUGGUAUAUUAAUUUUUGGAAUAGAAUCUCAGAAGUUGCUAUCAACGCUGUUGAAAAGGAAUAUCCUGAUUCCAUAUAUUUAGAGAAAAUCAAGAAGUUUGCUGUUCCAGAAAGAUAUGAGGACAUGAUUAAUGCAGCUACAAAGACUUCUGAAAAUGGAGUGAUAUGUCAUGGAGAUUCUUGGGGAGCAAAUUUCUUAUACAGAUACGAAGAUGGGCAUCCGAUUGAUGCCAAAAUGGUCGAUUUUCAGAUGCUAAGAUUUGGAACGCCCGUCCUAGAUUUAUCCGUAAUGAUUUAUACAUGUACUGAUCAAGAAUUAAGAGACAAAAAUUACGACGAGUUAUUGCAUUUUUAUCAUGAUACUCUUUCUAGUCAGAUUGAGGAUUUGGGAAGUGAUCCCCAAAAAAUAUAUCCCUGGCCAGUGUUUAUGGAAGAAAUAAAAAAGUAUUCAUAUUUUGGACUGGGAUAUAGUUUCGAUACAACACCAUUCACGGUGUUAGCUCCUGAAGAUGCAGUGGAUUUGGAAUUAGAGGGUGAAGAGGGGAAGGAUAUAGUGGAUGUUUGGAAAGUUCCUGAUUUCAAGACUAAGGAGGGUAGACUAAGAGAAGCGAACAACGUAAAACACUGCGUAGGCAGAGGAUAUAUAUAA